AUGAAGAGCCACCACUUUCUGAUAAUUUCAUUCCCAAUACAAGGCCAUAUCAACCCCAUUCUCCAGCUAGCCAAGAACCUCGCCCGCCUCGGCGCUAAGGUCACAUUCGCCACCACCGACCGCAUCCUCCACCGCCUCCAAGAUUCUUUGCCGACCCUCCACCGCCUUUCCUACGCCUCCUUUUCCGACGGCCAGCAUCAUGAAGAAGAACAAGAAAAAUCCACCAAAUCCACCGCCGGCUACAUGGCGGAGAUGAAACGGGCCGGGUCGGAAAAUCUGAUCCGGAUCCUCCAAGAGUCCCUCGACGGACCCGAACCGGUGACGUGUCUAGUCUACAGCCUCCUUCUCCCCUGGGCAGCGGCGGUUGCGCGUGACAUGCAAAUCCCGUCUGCUUUUCUUUUCAUACAGUGCGCCACCGCUUUCGCCAUUUAUCAUCGAUUCUCCAAACCCCAUAAUGAAAUAGUUGACCCCGUGGAUAUAAUACAAGAUUUGCCUCUCUUCUCUUCGAGUGAUUUGCCGACUUUUCUCUUGCCCGAUAACCCAAUGUAUUCGUUCAUGAAACCUAUGAUGAUUGAACACAUGCAAGAGCUCGAAAAGGACCCGAAACCACUUGUUCUUCUCAACACCUUCGAAGAGCUAGAACAAGACGCAAUCGAAUCACUCAAAACCAAGAAUAUUAACGUGAUUACAAUAGGCCCGUUAAUCCCAUCGGCUUUCUCCGAUGGGAACGACUCCACUGACAAAUCCUUCGGUGGCGAUUUGUUCAUCAGCAAGAAAGAAGACUAUUUCAAGUGGCUCGAUACGAAGCCGGAGAAUUCCGUCGUAUAUGUUGCGUUCGGGAGUUUAGUGGUGAUGAACAAAGACCAAAAAAUCGAGUUUUUGCAUGGAUUAGUGGAAAGCAAGAGACCCUUUUUGUGGGUUAUAAGAUCAUCAUCAUCAUCAUCGGAUAGUGUAGACGAAAACGAGACGAAGAAAAUGAUUGAUAAUAGUGAUAUUGGAGAAAAUGGGAUGAUAGUCGAAUGGUGUGCACAAAUGGGAGUGCUGAGUCAUAAGUCUAUAGGUUGCUUUGUGACACAUUGUGGGUGGAAUUCGACUUUGGAGGGCUUGAUUUGUGGGGUUCCUUUUAUUUGUUGCCCACAUUUUGCCGAUCAACCGACGAACGCUAAGCUCGUCGAGGAGGUGUGGGGCACAGGGGUGAGAGCAAGAGCAAAUGGAGAAGUUUUGAUAGAGAGAGAAGAAUUCAAGAAAUGUUUGGAUGUUGUGAUGGGAGAAGGUGAUAGAGGUAAAGAGAUGAGAAGAAAUGCAUUGAAAUGGAGAGGCUUGGCCUUGGAGGCUGUCAAGGAAAAAGGGUCUUCAUAUAUUAAUUUGAAAAGGGUUUUGGAAUAA